AUGGCGGCUGGAAUGUUAUUGAUAGAUGAGGAAAUGAGAAGAGCAAUGAGGAGAGAAAGAGUGUUUAGAGAGAGGGGGAAUUACCUAGAUAAAAACGAUGACAGGUAUUUAAAUGAACGCUACCGUAUGUCACGAGGUGCAAUUGUGAGUAUAUUUGAAAUUAUAAAAGAUGACUUACUCACCGUAACCAAUCGCUCCCACGCCAUUGACCCCCAGAUACAACUUUUGAUUGCCCUGAGGUAUUAUGCAAAAGGCGGAUUUCUUUCGGAAACCGGGGACCUACAUGGGGUCAGUCGAUCCUCUGUCUCCUGCAUUACAAAGCGUGUGACAGAUGGAAUUAUCCAUCACCUGAGAGGGAUGAUCAGUUUUCCGGCGGAUGUUUUACAGCUGAAGGAAGGGUUUUAUGCCAUUGCCCAUAUUCCAAAUGUUGUCGGUGCCAUCGACGGCACCUUAAUUCCUAUCAUUGCCCCUUCCGCUGACGAACAUACGUAUGUAUGUAGGAAAGGAUUUCAUGCACUGAAUAUCCAAGCUGUCGUCGACAGUAGGUGUAGAUUUAUCAACAUAGUAGCUAGGUGGCCUGGGUCUGUCCAUGACAGUUUUAUUCUGAACAAUAGCAAUUUGAGUGCAGUUUUUGAGAGACGGGAGAUUGAUGGAUGGCUACUGGGUGACUCGGGGUAUCCCCUUAGACCAUGGCUUUUGACACCCAUAGCCAAUCCAACAACACAUGCUGAUGACAGGUACAACCGCGCCCACAAGAAAACCAGAAGUGUUGUUGAAAGGGCCUUUGGACUCCUGUAG